AUGAGCAGCUACCAGCGACCUGUCAGCCGAGAGGACUUUCCAGUCGCCCUUGUUUGCGCCCUUCCCCUUGAGUUUGAUGCUGUCUGUAUGGUAGUCGAUGAGUUCUGGGAUGAGGAUGGUGAUCAAUUCGGCAAAGCUGAAGGAGAUCGUAACAUGUACGUUACUGGGCGCAUCGAUAAGCAUAACGUUGUGAUUGCAUUGUUAGGCAAGGGAAAGGUAAACUCAGCAACCGCCGCGACGAGCCUACGCACAAGCUACCCGAAUAUUUGCCUCACAAUCCUAGUUGGAGUUUGUGGUGCCGUCCCUUCAAUUACAGAGAGGGUUAUUGGGCUGGGUGACGUAGUUAUCAGCGACACCAUUGUUCAAUAUGACUUUGGGCACCAGAAGGACCAUGAGUUUGUCCGAAAGAAAACCUGUCAUGAUGAUGGGGUACCGAAAGAAAUCAACAAUUUCCUAGAAAGCCUCCAAACAGUCUUAGGGAAAAGACGGCUCAUGAAAGGGUCUGUGACAGAUUUUGAGGAACUCAAAGAGACUGCCUCUCGUCUAGGCCAGCAUGGCAGAUACGAAAGGCCAGAAAAAAGGAUCAUUAGCGCUUCUAGAUCAAUGUCACAAUCACUGACUCUGAGGAGACCAGAAGUUGAUCAUGCUAUCGACAUACAAGGACCUGCUAUCCACUUCGGGCCCAUGGCUUCAGGCGAUACUGUCAUGGUCUCUGCCGAACACCGUGAUCGGAUCGCCGCUGCUGAGAACAUCAUCGCAUUCGAGAUGGAGGGCGCGGGAAUAUGGCAAGAGCUACCAUGCAUCAUUGUCAAAGGGGUAUCCGACUUUGCUGAUUGUGAGAAAACCAAGGAGUGGCAAGACUAUGCUGCUGCGAUGGCCGCUGCGACAUCGAAAGCUAUCUUGAAGAGGUACAUUCAUGCUGACAGGAAGGUUACUCCUCCUGCAGGCCAUUCUCUCUUAGCUAGGCAGCAGGGGUCAAACUAUGGCGGGACGAUAGAAUCUGUUCAUGAUGUGAACCAGGGCAAUCGCAUGCGUGUCUCAUCUAGCCAGCCACCUCGAGCCUAUGAGCAGGAAGGGUCUUCAUUUAUGACGAAUAUUCAGUCUGGUGCAGGUGUGCAACAAGGAAACGUUAUGGAGUUCUACUGA